GAGAUUUGUGGGCAUCGCGAUAUCCGCGCGUGUGGUUGCUGAGAUACGGCGGUGCCCGGGGGCUGAUGGCGGCUGUGGGGCGCGGUGAGGGGACGAGGCGCGAGAGAAGUUAAAAAGGAAACGAAUAUGGCCAGCGGUAGCAGACCUCCCACAGCUCGUUCUGCUUCAAGAGCAGGAAUAGGGCUGAACUCUUCAUCAAGGCCUGCCUCUUCAUCAAGGACUCCAUCAGCAGGCAGAAUAGGAACAGCGAUGCCUCCUAGUACAGCAAGACCUGGUUCUCGUAGUGGUUCUUUGACUCCUGGAGGAGUCUUAUCAUCUCAGAUUAAAGUUGCAGACCGUCCAGUGACUCAACAGGGAUUAAGUGGAAUAAAAACUGCAAUGAAAGGUCCUCAGAGACAGAUAAUGGAUAAAACAUACUACCUCGGUGUGCUGAGAAGUAAAACAAAUGAACUUGCAAUAGAAAUUAACAAGCUGCAGGAAGAAUUAGAAAUGUACAAGCAAGAGAAAUCUGUCUAUUUAUCCUAUGAAAAACGGGCAGAGGCUUUAGCUGGUGAAAUCAAAGAUUUUCAAGGUCAACUAGCUGACUACAACAUGGUUGUGGAUAUACUUAACACCAGUACAGAUAUGGCAGAAGUGAUCCGUGAUUACAAUAUGUUAAAGGUUCAGAAUGACCGAGACACUCAGAAUAUAGAUAAAAUUUUCACAGAAAGACAAGCCACAGAAAAGUUAAUUCAAGCUGUAGAAGAAGAUAUCGAGCAUGAAAAGGUUGUGGCAGAUGACAUAAUGAAAGACAUGUCACAGGAAAAUCAAGCUAAAUAUCUGGAGAUAAAAGCUGCUAAUGAGAAACUCUCCCAGGAAUUGGUUGUUCAACAGCAGGAACUGGAUGCACUAAAUGUAAAGGAAGAGAGUCUAAGGGCUGAAAUAGGACAUUCUGGGGUGAAACAGGAAGCUGUGCAGUUGUAUGAAAAGCUUCAUGAGCUCAAGGAACGUCGAGAUCGAAUGAUUGCUGAGGAUAAGAACAUGGAAUCUCCACAGGAGGAAAGAGGGAGAUUACUAAAGCAGGUUAAAGAUGAUAGUCAAAAAAUUGCAAGCAUGGAAAGACAGUUGGCAGAAGUAAAAGAAAAAAUAGAUUAUUUUAAAAAGGUCAUUCAACAACUUGAUACGGAUCUGGAGAACCAUCGAGGGGAAGAAAAUUGGAAAUACAAGGAGUUGAAGAAGAGGGAAGAAAGCAUGGACAAUUUUCUAGCGACUUUUGAAGAUGUGAAGAAUCAGGAAUCAGAACAAAAGGCCCAAAUAGAAGCCAGCAUUGUUGCACUACUGGAGCACUUGAGCAGGAAUCUGAAUCAUAUGAAACAAAUUUCAUCUGUUACCAAUCAAGAGCUGAAGAUUAUGCAGGAAGACCUCACUUUCAAAUCAAACGAAAUGCAGAAAUCACAGAGCACUGCUAAGAAUCUGGUUACAGAGAGUCAAAAACUGCAGCUGGACCUACAGAAGAUGGAACUGUUGGAGGGCAAGAUGGUUGGUGAACUAGCUUCUCUUAAAGACAAAAUUGAACAGACAAAAGCAGAGUUGGAGAUCUACAAUAAUUUGCCAGCUCUGAAAGCAUCAGGAGAAGAAAAGAAAAAGAAACUCGAGGAUGACAAAGAAAAAUUUAAAAAACGCAGUCGUGCUUUUAAGAAAAUAAUGGAGCAUUUGAAUACAGAGUAUGAGACACUAAAGAAGGAGCUGCAAGAAAAUGAGACCCAUUCUCAGCUUAAAAAUUUGGAGAGGAAGUGGCAGCACCAUGAGCAAAAUAACUUUAUGAUGAAGGAGUUCAUAGCAACAAAAAGUCAGGAGAGUGACUACCAGCCAAUAAUGAAGAAUUCGAGAAAGCUUGUCAAAGAAUACAACAAAGCUCUCAUAGAAGCUUUACAGAACACCAAGAACUGAACCCAGGCAUUUCCUUCCUGCCCAAAUGGACCAACAAUGAAAGAUGUGCAAAGGCCUUGUGGAAAGCUGGACUACUGAGCUGAUUUAUUCACCACUAGGGUGACAGAUAUUCUUAAAAUUAUUUUUCCAGGUUUUUAGAAGUUAUAGGUUUUAAUACUAUCCCUCCUUUUGCACUGUUUAAAAUUUUUAGAAAUAAACAUCUGAAUUUUUAGAAAGAAAAAGGAAAUACUGCCCAAUGAAUUACUGGGGCCCAUUGCUGAAUUGCAUCUCAAAUGUGAAAUUUUAGUCUGCUUUACACACUGAAUUUCUAAUUUCCUUGUAGUCCUACCCCUGCCAAACAGAACAGGACUGCUUGACAGACUGUCAUACUCAUCUUAAAUUAAUUGCAUUAUAAGAUAAAUGGUAAUAUAAACAUACCAUACCUAUAUCUAUAUAUAGCAAUUUAUACCAAGUAAGGAAAGCAUCUAAGGAUGACAAGCAUCUUUUAAAGUCAAAAUUGCUUCAUAAUGUAAAAUCUUACAAUAAAAGCAAAUGCCAGCAAAUUUUCAUUUCCUAAUGGAGAAUUAACUUCGUUAUUUUUUAAGAUGUAAUUUUAAAGAGCAAACUCUGAUAAAAAGUAGUGAAACAUAGCUAACACUGAUUUUGUGUGGAGCAUUUUACUGCUGUAGUAUUUAUCAGGAGUAUUUAAAGGAAAUAGCAGAGAAACUUAUUUGUAUUUUCUGCGAUGUUUUUUUCCCUCCAGUUUCAAGUGGCAGUGUCAUAUGAAACCUGUGACAAAAAUCCACAAUGAUGAGUUUCAACAUAGAACAAAAACAGGGCUUAUAUAAAAAAUAACAAUGUGCUUUAUGGUACAGAAAUUUCAGAAAAUGAUUAGAUUAAAAAAUUUCCAUUUAUAUAUUUGUCUCACAUUCUACAUGUAAUGUAUUUAUAAACGGCUUAUUGAUCAUUUCUUUCACCUGGUAUAUUGUAAGCUAGUCCUGAUUAAAUAGAAAAAGCACAGUUGACUAUAGAGAGAAAGCUGAACAGUAAACUAGUCUUAUAGAAAGAAACUAUGAAAAAGCAGUGGGAUCUGGAUUUAUAGUUGUUCUGCUCUCUUAGAAAAGUUUUCCAGAAAAGAGGUAGACUAUGCACCUCACUUCAUGAAACUGGAGUAGAGAAAUUAUUGGCAAAUGUUCUGAUUUCAUUAAAAUAGUUCUACAUUUUUGUCACUAAAUUUCCUCAAAUCUGUGAUUGCCUUUUUGAGUAUAAAAAAAUCUAUAAGCUAAAAAUGUUGAAGAUUUGUGCAGAAAGCACUGUGUUUGCUAAUUCAGCACACUGAAUGGUGUUGCUCUAUAUGUUUAGAAUAUUUAGAGAUAAUGGACUGGGAUUUCUAUAAGCUAAGGACUGUUAUCUAGGGGAAAUUCCCAUUAAAGUCUCUCCUUCCUGUCAGAGUUUCAGCUAUUCCAGAGAAAGCCCAUUAUUUGCAGAGAUAAAGUUGAAGUCUAAUAUUCUCACAAAUCAAAACCAUCAGUCAGAGAGAUCAUCUCCUGAAUUCCACUUGUGCUAGAAUAACAUAUUGUAAUGAACAAUGGAAAAAAGCUGCAGACUGAAAAACCA